AUGUCUUCUUGGGUUCGAUUCGCAAUUGAGCAGAAAGACGGCAACUUUGCAUACCCACCACCGUUUUACAAAGACCCAACAAUCCUCUCUCCGCCGUCACCACCACCGUCGUCCUCCGGCGGCAACAAAAUCAGCCCGGCGGUGCUAUUCGUAAUCGUGAUUCUAGCUGUCCUCUUCUUCAUCUCCGGGCUUCUUCAUUUGCUCGUCAGGUUCCUCGUCAAGCACCCUUCUCCAACCUCCCCUUCUUCGAGGUCUAAUCGUUACCCAGAGAUCUCAACCAGCGACGCUCUCCAACGACAGCUCCAACAGCUUUUUCAUCUCAACGACUCAGGUCUCGACCAAGCUUUCAUCGACGCGUUACCUGUUUUCCACUACAAGGAACUCGUCGGCGGUGCGUCCAAAGAGCCGUUCGAUUGCGCGGUUUGUCUCUGUGAGUUCACUGAGAAAGAUAAGCUGAGAUUGUUGCCAACGUGUAGCCAUGCGUUUCAUCUCAACUGUAUUGACACUUGGCUUCAGUCGAAUUCGACUUGCCCUCUCUGUCGUGGCACUCUCUUCUCCCCUGGCUUCUCGAUGGAGAAUCCGAUGUUCGAUUUCGAUGACAUUAGAGAAGAGGAAGAGUGUGUGACAACAGCAACAGAGAAGACUAUGGAGGAGAUUCAAGAAAUUGUUGUGGAGAAAGGAGUUUUGCCUGUGAGAUUAGGGAAGUUUAAGAGACUUGACAAUGUUGGUCAAGAUCAAGAUCUUGAUGCUGUUGUUGUUGCUGGAGGAGAGACUAGUAGUAGUAAUUUGGAUGCGAGAAGAUGUUUCUCAAUGGGUUCGUAUCAGUAUAUACUCGGUAACUCUGAGCUUAAGGUUCCGUUUUGCAGCAACGAUAAGCGUUUGACGGCUCUUCAGGGGAAAGAGUCUGAGCAGAUUGAGAAUUCGUCAGCUUCAGAAGAGAAGAAGAUUAACACUGUGGCGAAAGGAGAGAGCUUUUCGGUUUCCAAGAUUUGGUUAUGGCCGAAGAAAGAUGCUCAAAGGAGGUUGCCUUCUUCGUCGCUUAAUGUUGAUGAUCUUCCUAAACUUCCAUCAUGGAUGGAAGAUCAUAAGAAGCUGGAGAACAACGACGAAAGGUAG